AUGGCUGGAUUCCUUACAUGGCUGUGGAGGUACAGGAAUUACAUUGUGAUAGUCCUGACACCUCUUUUACUCCUGCCUCUGCCGCUGAUCAUCCCGACCCCGGAGGCAAAAUGUGGCUUUGUAAUAAUCCUCAUGGCGCUGUACUGGUGCACCGAGUGUAUCCCUCUGGCUGUGACCGCUCUGCUGCCCGUCAUUCUCUUCCCCAUGAUGGGCAUCAUGGAAUCAGGCGAGGUUUGUAUCCAGUACCUAAAGGAUUCCAACAUGCUGUUUUUUGGCGGGCUGCUGGUGGCCAUCGCUGUCGAGCAGUGGAACCUGCACAGAAGGAUCGCCCUUCAAGUUCUCCUUGUUGUAGGGGUGAAGCCAUCUUUCCUGAUGAUGGGUUUCAUGAGCACCACGGCCUUUCUGUCCAUGUGGAUCAGUAACACGGCUGCCACAGCCAUGAUGCUGCCCAUCGCCAACGCUGUGCUACAGCAGCUGUGUGAGACAGAGGCCAACGCUGAAGAAAGGGAUUAUAACCUGACCACCGCAAAGGAUGGACAGGAAAACCAGGCAUUCGAGACGGGUGACACCAAAGAAAGCCUUGAUGUGGAGCUCAAACCAAAGGACAGCAGCAUCAACAUGGAUGCAGAAAAAGAUGGCCACCCAGAUACGAAGGAAAUGAAGGAAAAUGAUGCUUCUUCAAGUGUCAGCUCGGUCUUUCCAGAGGUUUGCGGCACGAGUCCAGAGGUGGAGCAGCGCAGACUUAAGAGGGACCAGAAAUAUGCGGAGUUGAUGAAAGGCAUGAGCCUGAGCGUUUGUUAUGCUGCCAGUAUCGGUGGCACGGCUACCCUCACUGGAACCACACCAAAUGUCAUCCUGAAAGGCCAGAUUGAUGAACUCUUCCCAGGUAAUGGAGGCAUAAUCAACUUUGCAAGCUUUUUCGGCUUCUCCUUCCCCAACAUGGUGCUCAUGCUCGCCCUGUCUUGGUUGUGGCUGCAGUUCAUAUAUUUGGGCUUCAACUUGAGAAAGUCCUUUGGAUGUGGCACGAAGAAAGAUGGCGACAGGGAGGCAUUCCAGGUGAUCAAAAAUGAGUACAAAAGGUUGGGCAGGUGGAGCUUUGCUGAGGCCUGUGUGCUGGUUAUCUUCACGCUGCUGGUUCUUCUGUGGUUUACCAGGGAGCCUGGGUUCAUACCCGGCUGGGCCACUGUGCUCUUCAACAAGGACAAACCGUACGUCACAGAUGGCACUGUGGCCAUAUUGAUGUCAGCACUCUUGUUCUGCAUCCCGUCCAAUUUGCCCAGAUGCUUUGAGAAGUCCAAGGAUGGGGCCCCUGCUGAAGCCCCUUCCCCUCUGCUGAGUUGGAACAUAGUCCAUGAAAAGAUGCCUUGGAACAUCCUUUUGCUUCUGGGGGGAGGUUUUGCUCUGGCCCACGGCAGUGAGAAAUCUGGACUAUCUGUGUGGCUCGGAGAAAGUCUCAUACCGCUGCAGAACAUCCCUCCUUUUGCCAUCUCCAUCCUGCUGUGUCUGCUGGUGGCCAUGUUCACCGAAUGUUCUAGCAACACUGAAACCACCACCCUCUUCCUGCCUAUACUGGCCUCCAUGGCCACUGCCAUCAAGAUCCACCCUCUGUAUGUCAUGUUGCCCUGCACCAUCUCUGCCUCACUGGCUUUCAUGCUGCCUGUGGCCACUCCACCCAAUGCCCUCGCCUUCUCCUAUGGCAACCUUAAAGUCAUGGACAUGGCCAAAGCUGGAUUCGUUCUGAACUUUGUUGGAGUCGUUACCAUCAACAUAGCCAUUAACACGUGGGGCGUGGUCAUGUUCCAGCUGAAUACCUUUCCCAGCUGGGCUAAUGUCACCACAACCCCUUGA